UUUGAGGAGACUCCAGUUCCAGUUCAUCCCAAAGGUGUCCAGUCAGAGUCAGGGCUCUGUGCAGGAGGACACUCGAGAUCUUCCACUUUCUCCAACCUUCACCUCCACACCAUGUCUUCAUGGAGCUCAGGGGCUUUGUGCACAAGGGGCAGUGUCAUGCUGGAGCAGGGUUUGAGUCUUUAGGGAAGGACAGUGAAGGAAAACACACACAGAGACGCUCUAUACAAGUUGGUGUUUAGUUUGUGAGAACAGUUUGGGUCAGAACCACAUAUGAGUGUGGUCAUAGGGUUAAAGGGUCAGGGGUGCACAUACGUCUGCUAAUAUAGUGUAUGUUACAUUACACUUGAUAUGUUUUAUAAAUAUAACAAUUAUUAUUAAUGGGUACAAAGCAGUAGGCGGACCUACUGUGUGUGUGUGUGUGUGUACUGAUGAAGGAGUGUGAGCUGGACUGAUACUGGGAGAGAGAGAGAGAGAGAGAGAGAGAGAGAGAUGGGGAUUUUAAACAUCACACAGCAGACCCCACUAGUCCAGGCGAUAUUCAGCCGAAAUGUAGAAGAGGUGAAGUUUUUAUUGCACAAGAAAGAAGAUGUUAAUGCACUGGACCAAGACCUUCGUUCCCCUCUGCAUGCUGCUGCUUUUUUGGGUGAUGUUCGCAUCAUGGACCUUCUCAUCAAGUCAGGUGCUCAUGUUAACGCUAAGGACCAAGCGGGUCUGACUCCACUGCAUCGGGCCGCAGCUUCCAGGAACGACAGGGCAGUGGGGUUGCUGCUGACUCAGGGGUCAGAGGUGGAGUCCAGGAGUCGGUUCGGCGGUCAGACGGCGCUGCAUGUGGCCGCCUCGAACCGAGCGGUGAGGUGUGCUGAAGCUCUGCUGCCUCUGAUGAGCAGCGUAGAUGUAACAGAUCAUAACGGAAGAACGGCUCUGCACCACGCAGCCUACAGCGGAGACACAGAGAUGGUGACGUUGCUUCUGAACAAAGGUGCCGACCCAAGCAUGAGGGAUAAUAAAGAGCGUCAGCCUCUGCACUGGGCUGCUUACCUCGGAUAUUUGGAAAUUGUGAAGCUCUUGCUGUCUUGCAGUGCUGAUGUGGUGUGUAGAGAUAAACAGGGUUACUCACCUCUCCACGUAGCUGCUCUCAGCGGCCACAUAGACGUCGUCAAGCACCUGCUCCGAUUCGGCGCUGAGAUGGACGAGGCAAAUGCGUUCGGGAACACGUCUCUGCACAUGGCAUGUUAUAAUGGUCAGGAGGCUGUAGCUAACGAGCUGGUAAACCGCGGAGCUAACGUUAACCAGGCUAACGCCAGAGGCUUCACUCCGCUUCACCUGGCCGCCGUGUCUACCAACGGAGCGCUGUGUCUUGAGCUGCUGGUCAACAACGGGGCUGAUGUCAACAUGCAGACUAAAGAAGGGAAGAGCCCUUUGCACAUGGCCGCCGUCCACGGCCGCUUCACUCGAUCCCAGAUCCUUAUUCAAAAUGGUGGGGAUAUAAACUGUGUGGAUAAAUAUGGCAAUACUCCUCUCCACAUUGCUGCUAAGCACGGUCAUGAGCUGCUCAUCAGCACACUGAUGACUAAUGGGGCUGAUACUGCCAGACAGGGGAUUCUUGGCAUGUUUCCGCUGCACUUGGCUGUUCUCUACGGGUUUUCAGACUGCUGUCGAAAGUUACUCUCCUCAGGUCAGCUGUACAGUAUUGUUUCGUCUUUGAGUAACGAGCACGUCCUCUCUGCGGGGUUCGAUAUAAACACCCCAGACAGUCUGGGAAGGACGUGUUUACAUGCUGCUGCAUCGGGAGGGAACGUGGAAUGUCUUAACUUGCUGUUGAGCAGCGGUGCUGACUUGACCAAGACGGACAUAAUGGGAAGAACUCCUCUGCACUACGCAGCAGCUAACGGGACGUACCAGUGCACCGUAGCGUUAGUGACCUCUGGGGCCGAGGUGAACGAACUUGACCUGAACGGCUGCAGCCCUCUGCACUGCGCUGCUGCCUCACACACCUUCCGCAGAGUGGAUGCUGAUGAUCAUCAGAGUGAUAUGCGGGAUAAAGAGGCUCUGCUGUGUUUGGAGUAUCUGCUGGAUAACGGAGCUGAUCCAGGACUCAGAGACACUAAAGGCUUCAGUCCUGUUCACUAUGCAGCUGCCUGUGGCAACAAACACAACCUGGAGCUGCUCUUAGAAAUGUCCUUUAACUGUGUGGGAGACGUGGAGAGCAAUUUUCCUGUGAGCCCUUUGCACUUAGCUGUGUGUAACGGUCAACGUGAGGCAGUGCAGCUCCUCUCUGAGACGCUGGUGUGUGUGGACGUCCGGGACAGCGCAGGACACACUCCUCUGUAUCUGGCUGCUCGAAAAGGCUCCGUGUCUUGCGUGGAGGUUCUUCUGUCGCACGGAGCUUCGUGCUGCGUCCGAGAACAUGGCGGGAAACGUACGCCGCUUCACGGAGCAGCUGCCAGAGGACACACUGACUGUUUGUACGCACUAUUGAGCCGAGCGGACAGAGAUGACCUCAUCGACCUUGCAGACGCACAGGGACAGACAGCUCUGAUGUUGGCCACGCUGGGCAGACACCUUGACUGUGUGCACAUGCUACUGGAGAGAGGAAGUAAACCUGACACAGGGGACAGACGCAGUCACACUGCACUACACAGGGCGGCGGCGCUGGGCAGCGUGGAGUGUGUGUCGGCGUUGUUAGAUCACUCGGCCUCCCCGCUGUGUCGGGACGUUGGGGGGCGGAGCUCUCUGCACUUUGCCGCCUCGUGCGGUCACACCCAGCUCCUUCAGCUCCUCCUCAACGCUACGGCUCAGAUCGACCCUCUGGACUCUUUAAUGGACUACAGCAGAUACACACCUGCUCACUGGGCUGCUUACCACGGGCACAAGGACUGUUUGGAAAUUUUACUUGAAUAUAAACCGUUAAGUAUCCAGGAAGGGAAUCCCUUCACUCCCCUGCACUGUGCACUAAUGAAAGGCCACGAUGCUGCUGCCAAGCUGCUGGUAAAAAUGAUGGGCACUGAAAUCGUCAACCUCCGAGACGCCAAAGGAAGAACUCCACUACAUGCAGCUGCUCGGUCAGAGACAGUGUCCGGGUUGCAGCUGGCUCUGUUCUGGGGGUCAGAGGUCAACUCGGUGGAUUGUGAAGGACGUUCGGCUCUGAUGGUGGCUGCUGAGAACGGCCAGACGUCUGCUGUUGAAGUUCUCCUCCAGCAGGCUAAAGCAGAUCCGUCACUGCUGGACAUCAACAACAACACAGCACUACACCUGGCCUGCAGCAGAAGUCAUGAGAUGUGUGCGCUGCUGAUUCUGGCUGAGAUCGAGGAUCCUUCUCUCAUCAACGCUACAAAUAAUGCACUACAGAUGCCACUCCACAUUGCAGCGAGGAACGGCCUGGCCACCGUGGUGGAGGUUCUGCUGAGUCGAGGUGCUACAGUCCUGGCUGUAGAUGAAGAAGGUUGCACUCCAGCAUUGGCCUGCGCUCCAAACAAAGACGUGGCCGAGUGUCUGGCGCUGAUCCUCUCCACCAUGAAGCCUUUUCUACUUAAAGAUGCAGGCAUCAGCGUGUUAAAGCACUGCAGCGUCGCUGCCAAUCAUCAUCCUUUACCGAACGGCUACGCCAAGGAGCGCCACGGCACUGUAGGGCUCGACAGCUGAGACACACACUCACACACACACACCUGUAUAGCAUCUAUAUAACCUACAGCCAUGUUAGAGAGCCAGGAAUGUACCACUGUGUGUAUGGGGUGGGGGGAACAGACCUGCGCAUAUGCAAAUAUCCGCUCCUUUUCACCUCAGAUCACCGAAGUCAGAAUUUUAUUUGAUGUUUUUUCUAAAUCAUGUGACACCUAUGUGAGAUACUGAGAUGGAGGUAUGAGGCUCUACACAUAGACACUAUAUGUUCUAUAGACACUACGUUCUGAAGUCGCAGCCAUCAGUAGCUGUAGCACUCGAGUGUAAUAUCAUCUGCAUCACAUCAGACCUUCGUCUCCAACAUUUCCUUCAAAUAAAAACAAGCAGUUACAAAAAAAUAAAAUAAAUAAUAAAACAGCAUUGCAGAAGUCUGGUGUGAGGAGCUAACAGUUACACAGACCGUAGCUCCGCCCACUGGUUUUCUAUUGGCUCAUGCAACCAAAAUUUACAUUUUUAGAGGAUUUUCUUAUUUCAUAAAGUGAACAUUUUCUCCAGGAAUGAUUUAUUCUGCUCGAGGUUUGAUUCUGAUAACUGCGACUUCAGAAGGUUAAUGACUGUUUUUUUUUCCAGAUGUUUUAGCGAUGUCCAGUGCCUCUGCUAAAGACGAAUGUGUCCUCAGACUCCGUUACACACUUAUUUUUUAUAGCCGUCUUCAUUUAACUGUUAAUCUCGUGCAGUUUUGUUUAAUGAAAUGAGAGGAAAACAUCAACUAGCACACACACACACACAUACACAAACUAUUCAUCCGCUGGCCUCAUUCUUUAUUUAUUUAUUUGUCCAGGCCAGGGUUUGCACUUUUUUUUCCUCCAGGAGAUACCUGAAGUGUUAGCGAAGCAGGGCUGGCCGAAUCAGCUCAAAAAAUUUGACAUGUAUAAUAAUAUUUAUGUGUUAUUUAAAAUAAUUAGACAGUUCUAAAUAUAUCCAGUAGGGGGCGAAUGAGCCGUAUUAGCAGUGUAGAGAUAAACAGGGCUAUGUGUGAUGGCACAAAUGAAUUUGUUUUAAAUUAUCGCAUAAACAUCACUAACACGAACCUAAAUGAAUAAUGAGUGAGACGCUGCGUCCGAUGGUGCAGUAUAUAAAAACAUAUCGACACGUUUACCUUCAGCUGUGCAACAGAGACCGUUUUCCCAACAAGUUUUUCUUUCAUUUUGCGUCUUACGUCUUUUUUAGGCUAUAAAACAUUUGAUUUGGGUUAAAAUUUUAUUUAAUGUGACAUGUUUGUUUGUAUUAGAUUCACUGAGAUUCAGGACAUACCCGUGUCUGACUCCGGUGAUUAUUAUGAAGAGUUAGAGCUGUAGGUGAAGCUAAAUAGAGAAACUGACACCGUCAAAGGGAAAGUUCAGAACAACGGAGUGUCCCAUUAUUUUUGAGCCAGCCUGGGUGAGGCUCGGUGACUUGCUGAUUCAAGACACUUGAGUGAUUUUUGUGUUUCAGGAUUGCUGCUAGAAUAUUACGCUGCCUUUGUUGUUGAUUUCUUUUUGUUUUUGUUUGCCUGUGUUGUUUGUUUACGAGCAAUAAGCCUCCAAGUGAUUACACUUUACCUCGAUUUUCUGAAUAUCGGAUCAGAAAAACUGGAAUAUUUGCACAGAGGAGACGUUUGCACAUGGCAGCAGUUUAUAGACAUAAGAAAAAAAUGUGUGUGUGUGUGUGUGUGGUUCUACAACAUAAGUGCCAACAUUUGUAAACAAAUAGAAUUUUACCACAAAACUUGAGUGUGAGUGAACGUGUCGAGUCCACGCUGAUGGCAUGAAGAAUAACUUCUCUGAAUUCAUCCUCUGAUUAUCACACACACACACACACACAUCUCCAUGAUUCCCAUCUCAGUUUAGAUCCAGACCUGAACACUAUACUGUUCGGUUGUUCACACUGUAAUCUGAAAUGAUUGACAGUUGUUCUAAGCCCCGCCCCCUUCCCCUCCCCUCACAUUAAUAACCCUUCGGUGCUCUGGUCUGGACUCCAUUGUCCCACCUGAUGCUGCGUCAAAGAGCUGAAACAUGCUGUGUGGAGAAGACACCCUUCAAACCUGAGACAGCUGGAGCAGUUAGCUCACGAGUAGUGGACCAAAAUACCUGUGGACAGGUGCAGAGGUCCCACUGAGACUUACAGAAAUGGCUUGAAAAGGAUGUGCAACAAAACAUUAACUUUAUCCAGGCCGGAUUCAUUAGGCUAUUUUUAUGUUUCUGUUGAACCACAGAUUAAAAACAGUGUCUGAUUUUCAUUACACACACACUAUAUAGACACAAACGCACACACACACUAUAUAGACACAAACGCACACACACACUAUAUAGACACAAACGCACACACACACUAUAUAGACACAAACGUGCACACACACACUAUAUAGACACAAACGCACACACACACUAUAUAGACACAAACACACACACACACUAUAUAGACACAAACGCACACACACACUAUAUAGACACAAACGCACACACACUAUAUAGACACAAACGUGCACACACACACUAUAUAGACACAAACGCACACACACACUAUAUAGACACAAACACACACACACACUAUAUAGACACAAACGCACACACACACUAUAUAGACACAAACGCACACACACACUAUAUAGACACAAACGCACACACACACUAUAUAGACACAAACGUGCACACACACACUAUAUAGACACAAACGCACACACACACUAUAUAGACACAAACGCACACACACACUAUAUAGACACAAACACACACACACACACUAUAUAGACACAAACGCACACACACACUAUAUAGACACAAACGUGCACACACACACUAUAUAGACACAAACGCACACACACACUAUAUAGACACAAACGCACACACACACUAUAUAGACACAAACGUGCACACACACACUAUAUAGACACAAACGCACACACACUAUAUAGACACAAACGCACACACACACUAUAUAGACACAAACGCACACACACACUAUAUAGACACAAACGUGCACACACACUAUAUAGACACAAACGCACACACACUCUAUAUAGACACAAACGUGCACACACACUAUAUAGACACAAACACACACACACACUAUAUAGACACAAACGCACACACACACUAUAUAGACACAAACGCACACACACACUAUAUAGACACAAACGCACACACACACACUAUAUAGACACAAACGCACACACACACUAUAUAGACACAAACGCACACACACACACUAUAUAGACACAAACGCACACACACACUAUAUAGACACAAACGCACACACACACUAUAUAGACACAAACGCACACACACACUAUAUAGACACAAACGCACACACACACUAUAUAGACACAAACGCACACACACACUAUAUAGACACAAACGCACACACACACUAUAUAGACACAAACGCACACACACACUAUAUAGACACAAACGCACACACACACUAUAUAGACACAAACGCACACACACACACUAUAUAGACACAAACGUGCACACACACACUAUAUAGACACAAACGUGCACACACACACUAUAUAGACACAAACGCACACACACACUAUAUAGACACAAACGCACACACACACUAUAUAGACACAAACGUGCACACACACUAUAUAGACACAAACGCACACACACUAUAUAGACACAAACGCACACACACACUAUAUAGACACAAACGCACACACACACUAUAUAGACACAAACGUGCACACACAUACACACACUAUAUAGACACAAACGCACACACACACACACUAUAUAGACACAAACGCACGCACACACUAUAUAGACACAAACGCACACACACACUAUAUAGACACAAACGCACACACACACACUAUAUAGACACAAACGCACACACACACUAUAUAGACACAAACGCACACACACACACUAUAUAGACACAAACGCACACACACACUAUAUAGACACAAACGCACACACACACUAUAUAGACACAAACGCACACACACACUAUAUAGACACAAACGCACACACACACUAUAUAGACACAAACGCACACACACACUAUAUAGACACAAACGCACACACACUAUAUAGACACAAACGCACACACACACUAUAUAGACACAAACGCACACACACACUAUAUAGACACAAACGCACACACACACUAUAUAGACACAAACGCACACACACACUAUAUAGACACAAACGCACACACACACUAUAUAGACACAAACGCACACACACACUAUAUAGACACAAACGCACACACACUAUAUAGACACAAACGCACACACACACUAUAUAGACACAAACGCACACACACACUAUAUAGACACAAACGUGCACACACAUACACACACUAUAUAGACACAAACGCACACACACACACACUAUAUAGACACAAACGCACACACACACUAUAUAGACACAAACGCACACACACACUAUAUAGACACAAACGCACACACACUAUAUAGACACAAACGCACACACACACUAUAUAGACACAAACGCACACACACACUAUAUAGACACAAACGUGCACACACAUACACACACUAUAUAGACACAAACGCACACACACACACACUAUAUAGACACAAACGCACGCACACACUAUAUAGACACAAAUGCACACACAUACACACACUAUAUAGACACAUACGCACACACACACACACACUAUAUAGACACAAACGCGCACACACACACACUAGAGACACACACUAUAUAGACACACACACUGAUUUUAAUUAGUCAGUUUUCAGUACAUUUUUAUUUAUUAUUACUUUUGUCAGUUUCAGGUUAUUGCACUGACCAGUGUGUGUUUUUCUUUCUUUAAUGGACAACAGUUUUGUCCAGGUGUGUAUGGAGCUAACAUGGUUUAAACAUUUAAACACACUGAAAUUGUAUCUGAAAAUGUUUAAACAGAGUGUGUGUGUGUGUGUGUGUGUAUGUAAAUGCUUUCAACAAGAGAAGUCACCCAGGUGAAAACAGGACUCUGUAAAAGUAGAGUAUUUAUGUUUGUUUAUUUUAUUUCCCAUAAUUCCUGGCACCACGUGUUUCUCCUCUUCCAUUAGAGUUAGCCAUGCCAUAAUUUAUCCUCAGCUCUGUGCAAUAACACAACCAUUUCUAUAAAUACCUCAUAAAGGUAGCAGUGUGUGUGUGUGUGUGUGUAAUGUCCACACACAUUUAUCUGAACAUCAGGAGUCUGUUUGUUUUGUUCAAUAAGGACAGAAGUUUUUCCCCUGAACAUCACUCCAGAAUAUUUGAGGUUAGUUUUCCAGCAGGUUUCAGACAGACAGCAGAUCUGUUCCCUGAGGCAGGAUUAUUUUCUUUAUUUCUUUAUUUUUCUACUUUUCACUGCUCUCCAUCAUCAUUAGCCUCGAUUUAUUCACUCGCUCCGUGUUGUUCCUCUUUAAAUGACAGAUUGUUUUAAAGGGCUGUUACUGUAAAUGUUAGGAGCAUGCGCUCACAACGUGUGUGUGUGUGUUUUUGGUGUUUUUCCUCUCAUUUCAGUACGACUGAAUUCUACAACAUGCUACACUCAUUUAUCUACUCAAGGGCUUCUCAAAAAAAACCCCACACAUUCUCUACUGCUCUCUAUCAUUUAACUGUGUUGCAAACACACACACACACACACAAUACACAAACACGCACACACACACAAUACACAAACACGCACACACACACAAUACACAAACACGUACACACACACACACAUGCAUAUGCUACACACACCACACACAAACACACACAAACACACUACACACUCACUAUUCACACCACACACACACACAAUACACACACAAUUCCCGACACAAACAGACACUAUACACACACGUCUCAAAUCAAACUCUGAGAUUUUGCACUAAACAGAUUUUUAUUUGAAAAUGUUCGGAAUUUAUAAAGGAGUAAAAGCUGUUUCUUUCUGUUUCUUUCGUCAGUUUGUUUUCGUCUGUUUUGCCUUUUGAACAGGAACUGCUGUUUCUCAUCUUUUCACACCACCAGGGGGCACUGUGCUGAAUGAGACAGUGAGACAUAUCAAUUUAAAAUAAUAAAGUGGCCCUCUUGGUGGUCCUGAAG